AGAAGUGUCUUCACAGAUGCUUGGUGAUAUGGUAGAGGCAGUUGUGGUAAUAGAAGAAGAAGAAAAGAAAAAUGUCAAGAGAAAAGAAGAGGUUCUUCGUAAAGUCUUUGAUGGAGGAACAUCAUCUUACCGUUGUGGGCUAUGUAACACUUACCAUUCAACUGCUGAGGAACUUGCAGUUCAUAAAGCAGAACAUAAUCAGGUUCUUGAAUGUGUCAAAUGUCAGAAGUCAUUUCUAAGUGUCAAGCAGCUGAAAAGACACAUGACUGUUCAUGUUCCAUGCAAAGAUGAUGAAAAACAAUCAAACAAAGGUAUGAAUGAACAUCAGUGUCUCCUGUGUGGGAAAGUAUUUGGUUCUGAAUCAGCCCUCAGUCGUCACAGUAGCACACAUGCGCGCUCUGAAGGUCGUCACCAAUGUAAGGUCUGUUCCAGAAGAAUUGGAACUCGGGCUCAUCUCUCAGAACACAUGGCUCGUGUUCAUAAGAUUCAUAGUGACUCAAAGAAAAUGCAGUGUCCCAUGUGUGAUAGACAUUUUGUCUCCAGCUUUCAUCUUAACCUGCACUUGAUUACCCACGGAGAGGUGAAACCCUUAUAUUCGUGUAAGGUUUGCAAUCGAAACUACUUGCGACCUCUCAGUUUACGGCGUCACAUGGCAACUCAUGACCAAAAUUUUGUGUGCAAAACCUGUAAUGAAUCGUUCCCCUCAGCUCGUCGUUUAUCACUUCACAGUCGGACUCAUGAUGCUUCAUAUAAAUCAAAGGUUCAGUGUCCCAAGUGCCCUUUGGCAUUUCCAUAUAAAAGCCAAUUGGAGGUCCACUUACGAACACACACUGGCGAAAAACCUUACGUAUGUGAAACUUGCGGGAAGUCCUUCAAACGGCUUCAGCAUUGCACAGUUCACCUCCGAGUGAUGCAUGGGAAUGAGAAGCAGCCUUGCAAAGAGUGUGGGAAGCUGUUUAGCGAUAAAGCUAAUUUACUUCGUCACCGCCUGAAAGUCCACUAUCAUCUUAAUCGAUGGGUUUGCGGUGUGUGUGCACAGAGUUUCGCGUAUUCUGAAGAUCUGCGUCGUCACUUGAAAAAAAAACAUAACCUUAUUUUUAAACGUCUUGUCAGUACCAACAAGAAGUGCAUGAGUGAGGUUUAUGUCAUCCCUGAACUUGGAACUCGGGAAAUUAGUGCAAAUACACGUGCUGCCAUUGAGUGCAUAUGUGAAAUGGAAAAGCAGAAGGUAAAACAGAUUUUUAGUGGUGCAUUCCCAGACUUGACAAAACCACUACCAAAACCCGUGGUCAAUGAUACUGAUAGGAAUGAUGAUCCUGACAACUCAGCACCACAGCCAGGAGACACUGUUGCAGCAGGGUCGGUCUGCAUUCCCUCAGCCACGGUCGGAUUACCAACUAUAAUUAGCAGUGGACAGUUAGCAGCUGGUGGACAGAGCAGUAUGAAUUUCCAAACAUGUUAUGGAACAGGUGAAAUUCCAGGGUUGGUGUCAUUACCUGUGACAGGAGUGAAAUGUACAGAAUGUGGUGUUGAUGUCCUUACACCUCAACAGUGUGGAAUUUGUGGCGUACUUCUUUGUACUCAAACACAUUUGGAUAGUCACAUAGCAUCAGUACAUCAGGUUUUAUUCCAGUGUUCUGUGUGUGGGCAACAUUACAGUAGUCAGAGUGAAUGUAUUGCUCAUGUGACAAACUGCCAUUCAUCUCAUUUUUUAACAGUUCAGGGUACGGCUGCAACUUACCUUCCGGCAAGUCAAACCCAGACAUUGCAAAGUACUGGAGCAUUUGUUCAACCACAGUUAUUUUUACCAUUUCCAAAUUCACAGUCCAGCCCUCAAUGUAUUCUUCAAGUAGGGAGCUGCCCUCCUCAGCUGCCAGGUCUAGUUGCUCCAGCUGGAAAUGCUGUAGGGUCCCAACAGUUAAGUGCACCAAACUGUGUUCUUCCAUACACCAAUGUUGUGAAUGGCUGGUCCCAAGCAACAGCUUUGGGAUCUGCCAGUGGUAUAGGAAAACAGACAGUGUAUGCAAUGACUAAUAUUUUUUCUGAUCAGCAGUCAGUGCCUAACAUUCAGUCAGCUGUUUCUCAUAUAAUAAAAAAAGAACCAGUUGCAGAAACCCAGGUAUGUACAAUUACAUUGCCACAUGGGAAUCCAGAAAGUUUGAGUACCCAUUCUGAAGGUAGGCUGUCUGCAAAGCCUUGCUCCAGUGUGCUUCCUACUAUUCUACCUCGUACGAAUAGCUCAGGUGAAGAACCACAGUUCAUAGUUGGGAAUUCGGAGCCAAGCGAACAUCAAGAUAAAAAUUCUCAAAUGCUGUUAGUUAAUUCACGAACUAACCAUUCCAGUGGUGGUGAUGUUACCCACCCUUCAUUGCUACAUGAAAGAGUUUUGGAGGGCAAGCUGAGUCACCACCACACAAAUACGUCAGUUGCAAGUGUUCUGUUAACUCUUGCUGAAACUCCUCAGGAUGACCAGACAUCAAUGCUUGUGCCAGGCAAUGCUUUGAGGAUACCUGAUGCUCACGUUGACCAAGUCUUAUCUCCUUCAAUUAUUUCAGAUAUGUCGCUUGACGAAGUCACCAAAGAUUCCACAAUUACCACAGGAAAUACAGGUUUCUUGCAAACUAUUGACUUACCAGAACAGCCUAAGGAUGAGCUUGUCCACAAUCCCUCCUUUGGUCUUUCACAGGUGAAUGAAGAAUCUACAGAUUGUAAAUCUCCUGAAGCAAUAAGCGUUGAAAUUAUUCAGCCUCAGUUAUUGAGACCAAAGUCAGAACUGACUCAGAAGUCAUUGCCAAAGAAAUCCUCCUCACGAACAAAAAGGAAAAAGGUUAUCAGCUCUGAAGAGAAUGAAACUUGUGAAUGUAAGAUCUGUGGAAAAAUACUCAACUCCAGUUCUCAGUUGAAAAGGCACAAGACUACACAUGGUGUCCGCAGGUUUAAGUGCCAAGUUUGUGACAAAGCUUUCACAGAAAAGUAUAAUCUUAAGAUUCACACACUCACUCAUACCCAAGAACGACCUCACGAGUGUAACUUGUGUCAGAAAAAAUUCAGGUACCUGCGAGAUUUGGCCGAACACAAACGCACACAUGAAGGUACGCGACCACAUGUAUGCGAUGUAUGUCAGAAAACAUUUGUUCGACAGCGCGAUUUGACAAGACAUCAAAGGGAACAACAUGAUGCCAAGCGAUACCAGUGUAAAAUCUGUGGGUUUUACUUCAAACGUCUUCUCUAUCUAAAGUCAGUUCAUAUGAGAAUUCAUCAUCCACUGUUGAUAGAGGCUAAUGAUGAAUCUAAACCAAAGGAAAAUGCACCUGCUAAACCUGAAGCCAAGCAAAGUCACAUAUGCAAGAUUUGUGGAAGAAAUUUUGCUCGGGCACGAUACUUGACUUCUCACCUACGUACUCAUUCUAAAAGAGCAAGUUAUGUCCGAUGUCCUUUGUGCCCUAGAAUGUUUAGCACUGAGCAGACUCUGAAGGUGCACAAAGAAACUUUCCAUGAUCAUGAAGCAAGAUCCUUGGGCACUGUGAAUGAAAAUUUGGAAAUGGAAGGUGAUAUACAAGGAGAACCCAUCGUUGCAAAUUUUGACCAACCUCACACUGAAAAUUUGGUAAUCUCAGAAUCUCAAGACUUGUCAGAAAAUGCAACAUCAUUAGUCAUAUCUACUCAGAAUGGUGCAUCACAUGUUUCCAAGCAUCAGAUGCUACUGCAGUCAGACUCAUCAGCUCAACCAUCUUACACUACAGCAGGGACCAGUGAAAGUUUGGAGGUCUCUCUUCAGAGUGGAAGAAUAAGUCACUUUGAUGUAAACAUUGAAGAGUGUGAUCCAAUUUCAUACCUCAAUCCUUCCUUCUCAACGUAAUGUGCUAAAUGUUUUUUAUUUUCUGAAUUGUAAAUAUGGCAUUGUGUUGCUUUUUAUCAACUAUUUAAAAGUAUUUUUUAAAUUUUGCUAUAUGUAUAUUCUAAUGUUAUAUGAGAUCUGUAUGUGAAUUUUUAUUGAAAUAUUCUUAAAACCCUAUUCUUUGUAAUUUCCUUACCUGCACUAUUUUAUUUUUAAGAUUCAUAGUUUCAUAUCGCUGAACUCUACCAACUUCAAUAAAGGUGCAGAUUCUGACAAAACUUAAUUGGAAACUAAAUGAACACACUGCCAGGAGGAUCAGAACAAAGUACAAAUGAACUUGAUUGAAAGUAAAAGGAACAUAUAAGCUACACAGUUAC